UAUGACACUACUGUAGAAGAUAUCGACAUUGAGACAUGGGGAACUGUAUAGGGAGGUGCUUCGGCAUUUCCAGGAAAAAACGAAAGUACCUGAAGACAAGAUACAGUGUGGAAAGAGAUAUUUCUGUAGAGUUUGAAAACCUUAUGGAUGACGAUAGCCAUGCCGAUGAAAUGAGCAGAUUGGUGACCGAGAGGGAAAAACAACUAGUAGCAUCAAAACAGUACACCGCACUCUUACAUGAACAAAAAGAACGUGAUCGUAAAAUUGAUAAACAGCUUGCACAAAGAGAAGAAGAGCUCCGAUUAGAAGAAGAAAAAUUCUACGAAGCUAAAAGGGAGGCAGCUAGAACGGCCAAAUUACAGAGGGCCAAGGAAGCGGCAGCACGUGAUAAAAAUGCCAACCGGAAGUCAAAGUCUUGGGUUGGAGAUGACGAAGGGGAAUGGGAAAUAGCUGGAGGAGAAGAUGACUUUGAAAUGUUUUUGGCAAGCGUAAAAGCCAGAUCUUAUAAAGCGACAGCACAUUUACGCCAAGGGUCAGGUGACGGCCAAAGCUCAAAUAGUUCAGGGACAACUCAGACGAGGGAUCGAUCGCAUACAGAGGGCUCAUCUCUCGACCUUGAGUGGGAACACGAGGAAGGCGUUGUACCUCAAAAGAAAACCAGAUCAUCAACAGAAGAAAAUUUAGUGACUGCAUUUGUUCAUAAAAGCAGAGACAGUCCUGUGAAUUCCACAGAUCUAGAGUGGGACAAUGACUUUGUCACGGCAGAAACCACAGACGAUACUGAACAUCUGUUGGCAGCGGAGAUGAAGAUCCAAGAAUUUUCAUCAAGGUGACGCUUACCUUAUCCCGUUCAAAGCAUUCUGUGAAUAAGCAUUCUUUGGACAUUGAUCAGGAAAUAAGAACAUAGACAUGUGUCUGGAAUGGUGUUGAAAGUACAAGGUCGUAAUAUGUCUAGCCCAAUUUGUACGGAAGCAUAACUGUGAAAAAUGACAGUCUUACUUUGAAGUUACGGAUAGUUUAAAAUGUUUAUCAAUACUUAUCACAUUGAUAAAGAGCAAUAUGGAAUAAGAACGAUGUAAAAUUCCAAUACUCUUAUGUUUGUUUAUGAUGGUAUGAUGGGAAUUGUGCUUUUGAUAUGGAAUAUAACAAUAUAUGUAUAGUACCUGUUUGUUCGUUCCAAUCGACUUAAUGGAGUUUUAGGUGUUUACUGAAAACAUUCCUAUCUCAAAUGGGGACAUGUCUUAGUUUUAAAGGCACUGAAUCACUUUAAUGUGUAAUACACAAAACUUGGGACAACGAUCGUUUGUAGAAAUUGUUAAGUCGAUUUAUUAGGUCACCUGAAACAAAGUCUCAGAGUGACCUAUUAUAAUCUCCUUUUGUCCAGCGUCGUGCGUCGUAAACUUUUAACACUUUGGACUUCUUCAGGAAAACCCAAUAACCGAUUUCAAUGAAAUUUUACAAAAAUCCUGCACGGCUAGGGGCGCACCAAAAUUGGAAAUUAUAUGGUCCCCAACUCCUAGGGACCUGAAGGGCGGGCCAGAAAAGGUCACAUUGAUUGAACAAUCUCCUCAAAUUCCAGGAUUGGUAGAAUCAAGUACUCUUUAUGGAUGGAAAGACUUUCAAAUUCUUCAGCAAAAUUAUAAAUUUCGUUACUCCAGAAUCUCCCAUUUUCCUUUGGU